CUUGGUUCCUCACCAAAAUCAAGAAGCACACACACUGUGAAGAUCCUUCUUGCACUUUACAGGAGGGUCUUUUGAGCCCUCACAAUGUCAACAUCAGAAGAAAAUGCAAACAUUUGUCUCGAUAGCCCAGAAAGCAUGGGGAAUUUUUAUAUCCGAAAGGAAACCUGGCUGGAAGUACCUGAUUCAGCUUUUUGCAGUUUGCUCUGCAGUUGGCUUUGUCUCAAGCUUUCUGUUGUUCCUUGGCAUGCGCUUUUCCCUGGCACACAGUCCUUUGGGUCCCUUACUGAUAGCUGGAUUCAUCUGGAUUUUGCUUUCUAUCAUGCUCUCGUGUUUCAAGCACCUGCGCUGCUUUAGUGUCCUGUUCCUUUUUUCUUGCGGACUGCGAAAUGGCAGGAAUGCACUUAUUACGGCUGGUACAGGUGUCAUGGUGGCUGGCAACAUCCAAAAUAUAUUUCACAACCUAAAGGUUCUGGCAGACAGUAUAACCUGUCAUUUAGAGUAUGAAGAAUUUGCCUUGAUAAAAUAUUAUAUUGAGGCAGUAAAAUGGAUUUAUGAGAUGACCAAGCUUUCCUCUGAUCUAUUUAAACAUAUAGUGUUUCCAAGGCACGAAUUCACAACAUCUUAUUCAAUUUCAGAUGAUGCAUUAAAACAAGAGCUAAAUGACACAAAGCAAGAAAUCCAGAGAGUUGCUAACGAGGUAUCUUUUAUGCUGACUAUACUGCCCUAUAUAGGCCAGAAAGUACUGCCUAUAGUGGGGAUUUUUCUAGCUUCUUUUGGAACCAGCCUCUUUAUCAAAAAAUUUGUGGGUUCUCACAGUGCCAAAUAUAAGAAUACUUACAUCACAAAAGAGUUCAUUAUAUUUGAUGAGCGCCAAAAGCAACAGCAAAGACCCUGUCUUCUGCCACUUAACAAAAAAGAAAGAAGAGAUUAUGUAAUAAUCCCAUCUUUCUGCCUCACAAGGAAGGACAGAAAAAACAUGCAGUAUUUUUUCUUUCCUGUAAUUAUUCAUCUUUGCAUCUGGCUUCUGUUUGCUGCAGUAGAUUAUUUGUUUUAUUGGUUAAUUGUUUCUGUGAGUAAACACCUCCAAGAAAUACCAGAUAUAGAGAUUCAGCUCAGCCUCUUUCAGCAAAGGAAUGAGAACAGCUUUAUCUUUGAUAUGAGGGAGCAUAUUGCAAAGACUGAUCCUUUCAAGAUCUCUUUGUUUAAGCAUGACUGCCUCCCUCAGCCAGAGCUUGCACUCUCCACAACAUGGAUCCAGCUUGGAGUCAUCAUCUUCUUCUUAAUCAUUUUUGGGUUAUUCUCUGGCUUCCUGACCCAACUUAAAAUACUCGUGUUGACUUCAUUUUAUCCUGACACAGAGAUGAAACGGAUACAUUACUUGCAUGCAAAAUUACUGAAGAAAAGAGCAAAGCUACAAGAGAAAACUGGGAAGAACACGUUUGCUAAAAUGGUCAACUUUUGGUUUCCAAUACUGAAGGCAAGAGAAUCAGUGAGGAAGAAAGAAAGGAGUAUGUCAAGGGACAGCAGGGUGUAGAAGAGACAAAUGAAUCUUUGGCUAAGGCAGAGAUGCUCUAGCUCCACAGGAACCUGUGUUUUGCACACAGAAUGGCACAGCUUGUUUGUCGUCUUCAUGUUUGCCAGACACUGAAGAUAGAAGAUGCAUCAGAGGUUGCUCAUUGGCUUCUGGGCUGGCCAAGAACCUAACUAUAGGGCUUAGAAUUUUCUAGACUUUUCUAUUUUUCAACCUUCAACUGCCCCAAAUCCUUCAGCCUGGUUCUUCACCAUCUCUAGCUCCAUAUACCUGCUCCUGACUCUGCAGCAGUCUCUUCUGCAGGGUGAAUGCUUUAUUUGCUCUGUCAAUCUUCCAGCUCAGUUGAACUCUCCCUCACACUUUGGCUUCCCUACUUACUUUUGGUUAUGCAUCUCUCAGAAGUUUCUAAUCCUAGUCUCCCACAUGGAAUUCCUCACUUGGUUUUAGUCUCCUCCUUUCACGUAUCCAUAGACUAGUUGCAGUUGCAAUUGCUAGUGCAAAUUGUCCUGUAUCUUUGAUGACCACAGGAGAGACAAUGAGGCAUGUACAGAAGUGACAGUGCUCACAAGAGCUAGAAUACAUAGGAAUCAGGUGCUGUUGGUGCAAACAAGCUGGUUUUUGAGGUGUAGGCAUAUGCAAGCAGAAAUUAACAAUGCCUUGAAUCUUGCAGUCCAAAGGAGCUUGCAGAAGUGGCAAAAAUGGGCUUAAUUAUGUUGAUAAAGCCACCACUGACUUCACUGAAACAAAACUGAGCCAAUACUGAGUACUUCAGCUAUUUAAUGUUGGUGCUGUGACCUUCAUAUGACACAAGAACAAACGCUAAAAGAAUAAAGACAUAGCUUUUCUGAUGGCUUGACUGAUGUGGCACCACCAGAGAUAUUAUGUAGAGCUAAAAAUCCACCACAGGUAGUGUACUCUUGAUUUUCAGCCACAGCCAACUUCUUCAAGUUGCAUAAUAGCAAAUUCUGCUCUAAUGCCUGCAUGGUCCCAGGACAGUCAUUGAUCUAUGUCUCUGUUAUCCGAAUGAAUAAAAACUUAUUUAAAGCUUUCCACUAGCAAGUGUCAGAAGUUAUUUUCCACCUGAAACACAAAAACACAAAGUUUUUUUUUUUUUGAUCUUCCAAAUGAAUCAUAAAGUCACAGAACAGUUAGGGUUGGAAAGGACCUUAAGGAAGCAUCACUCUUUCAUGGGCACAGGUGGGUCAGAUUGCCAACGUGCCAACAAUUUGUCUCUAGAAAAUGAGGUGCUCGAUUAAAGCUAUGCAUUCUUGACAGUUGUGCUGAAUGUUCUCUGAUGGCCUGACUAUAUCCUGUCUGCUAAAGUGAGUCAGCCCUGGAUAGUAGCAGAAUUUCAUUUAUAUCCCAAGUACUACUGUCAAGGCCCAGUAGCAAGCAGCACCCUGUUGAAAAAGAAGAAAAAUGAAGCUUGCUUUAGAUUUGCUUUCACAGACCAGACUAGCUAUCCAGGUACUAUUGACAAAGGGAUAUAUAUAUUUAUUCACUCUUGUUAUCAUUGCAGAUGUAAGGGGAAGAGUUAAAUGUCAGCAAUAGUUGAGCAUUUAUGGAUGAGUUCGGACAAGUUCAUUGCUGGUCGGAGCUGGCUGUGCUCCUUUCAGUCCCAGAGGACAGGCUGCUGAGAGGCCCUGAUCUCCUACUGAUUACAACACGAGAGGUGUGGGCAGCUCUGGCUGAUGGCACUACCACAAAAUGCUAUUCACUUCACUUGGCAUCAGGAGGUGAUAUUUGCUUUGGAGUUUCUUGCCUUUCUUGUUUGAUGGUGUGUUGCAACCUAGCAUACUUUUUCUCUCAGUUUUUUUGCAAGAAGCAAGUGAAAGCUUUGCAGCAUAUGGGAAUGGUUCAUCAAAAUGCCUCAGACAGGGAUGAAUGGCUGGGAGAGAUGCCUAAAUCUGUUAAGAUUUUGAGUUCCAGAGUACACUCUUAGAACAAUGCCAUGUCUAUACUUUGCAUUUACAUAUGAAAAUUAAGCCUAGUGGGAAUGACUGAUUAUGAAAAAGAGUAGUCUU